GCUGCAAAACGACUGCAUAACAGUGUCCUCUGUCACAAGGGUCUAUCCAAGCCCUUUUGGGGGCUUGGCGGGACUUGCCAACCCCCCACCCCCAGCUGUUUGGGCCAGUCUUUGUCGGGAAGAGAAGGCCUUGAACAAUGCCGUCGGAAAUGACCUUGCAGGACAGGCCAAAGAUGGCCACAUCACAGGCCGAGCUAGAUCACAGAUCUGAGAAGAAAUCAGGGAAGAAGAAGGUCUACCCAGAGGCCAAAAGGGCACCUUAUCCUCUCCGGGGUUCGAGCAGCAGAAAACCUGGGGUGCAGAAGGUCCCGAUCAAGGACACGCCCAGUUCCGAUGUCCGGCGAGAACAAUUCCGGCAGUUUGCCUACCCGGAUGCUAAGGGUCCCCGAGAGGUUUGCAGCCAGCUCCACGAUCUUUGCCACCAGUGGCUGAAGCCGGAGGUCCACUCCAAGGCCGAGGUGCUGGACCUGGUGAUCCUCGAGCAGUUCCUGACCAUCCUGCCCCCGGAGAUGAAGAACUGGGUGCGGGAAUGUAAGGCAGAGACCAGCUCCCAGGCGGUGGCCUUGGCCGAAGGCUUCCUGCUGAGCCAGGCGGAGGAGAAGAGGCAGCAGGACCGAGUUGUGACAGAACCCACCAACUUUCCCAGGGUAGGAAAAAAACCACCCGUAAGGCAGAUCAAGCAAGAAGUGGACAAGAUUGCCAUUCCGUUAGGGAACAAACCACAGUUGGCCACUGGAUGUAACCCACCUGCACAGCUGGAUCAUGUGAUGCUUGAGGAAGUCUCUGUGACUUUUAGUGAGGAGGAAUGGGCGCUGCUGAAUCCAGACCAAAGAGCUUUACACAGGGAUGUGAUGGCAGAAAACAGUGGCAUUGCCUCUUCUUUGGGAAGUGACUGGCCAGAGAGUGAAAGUGGAGAAAUCUAUGAGAUAUUGUUCGGAAAAAUUGGAAGCGAAGAGGAGAACAAGCAGAGACCAGACACUGAAGCCGGCAAAGUGAAGGAUGAAUCUCCGGGUUCUUACAACACCGAAUUCUACGAGCUUCCGGUCCGCGAAAAAAUAGAAGAUGGGAUUGAAUGGAGCCAAUGCCUUCUGUGCGGCAAAGCCUUCAACUGCCAGUCGAGCCUGAUCGCUCACUGGGAGAGCCACACCACCAAGAAGCCCCACAAAUGCCUGGAGUGCGGGAAGAGCUUUAGCACCCGGCAGUACCUGGGCUGCCAUCAGCGCGUUCACACCGGGGAGAAGCCCUUCAAGUGCGCCAAAUGCGGGAAGAGCUUCAGCACCCGCCAAUACCUUUCCUGUCACCAGAGAAUCCACACCGGGGAGAAGCCCUUUAAGUGUCUGGAGUGCGGGGAGACCUUCUGCUGGGCCAAUUCCCUGACCUUACACCAGAUUGUCCACACGGGAGAGAAGCCAUUUAAGUGCCUGGUGUGUGGGAAAAGUUUCAGCAGGAGCACCAGCCUUUCCUCCCAUCAGAGGAUCCACACGGGGGAGAAGCCAUAUAAGUGCUUAGAGUGUGGCAAGAGGUUUAUCCACAACACCAGCCUCACUUACCACCGGCAGCACCACACCGGCGUGAAGCCCUACAAGUGUUCCGAGUGUGGCAAGAGAUUCAGUCACAGGACAAGCCUGACCUACCACCAGCGCAGUCACACCGGCGUGAAGCCGCACUCCUGCACGGAGUGCGGAAAAAAUUUCAGCACCCGCCAGUACCUCAUGUCCCACCAGAGGAUCCACACAGGAGAGAAACCGUACAAAUGCACUGAGUGCGGGAAGCGCUUCGUCCACAGCACCAGCCUCAGCUACCACCAGCGCCUUCACCGCGGGGAGGAGCCCUUCCACUGUUCAGACUGCGGGAAAAGUUUCAUCACGCGCCAGUGCCUGAAUUCUCACCGCAGGAUCCACACGGGGGAAGAACCUUUCAAAUGCCUGGAGUGCGGGAAGACCUUCCGGCGACGCACGAGCCUUAUUUCCCACCAGAGUAUCCACCUGGGAGAGAAGCCGUACAAAUGCCUGGAGUGCGGGAAGAGCUUCACAACUAGCAAAUACAUCCUUUCCCAUCAGAGGAUCCACACCGGAGAGAAACCUUACAAAUGCCUGGAGUGUGGGCAGACCUUCUGUUGGGCUAACUCCCUCACCUUGCACCUGAUAACACACACGGGAGAGAAACCCUUUAAAUGCACAGAGUGCGGGAAAAGCUUCAGCCGAGCCACCAGCCUUACCUCCCAUCAGCGCAUCCACACUGGUGAGAAGCCGUAUAAAUGUCUGGUGUGCGGAAAGAACUUCAGCACUAACAGGUACUUGACGUGCCAUCAGCGGAUCCAUAUUGUCGACAAGGCUUACAAAUGCCUGGUGUGCGGGAAGAGCUUUAGCACCAGCAAAUACCUCAGCUGCCAUCAAAGAAUUCACACCGGAGAGAAGCCAUUUAAAUGCCUGGAAUGUGGAAAGAGCUUCUGUUGGGCGUAUUCCCUUACUUUACAUCAAAGAAUCCACGCCGGUGAAGACGGAUUUAAAAGCUAGGAGUAUGAAAUUUACUUUUUUAUUUUUUUUUUAAA